AUGAGUGUGGUGAAUGAGGAAGCAACAACUCCAGAAGAAGUGUUAGAGAUUCUAAAAGAUUUCAAGGAGUUGAAUGCUAAUGAAUUGCCGAAUGACCUGCCUCCUAUGCGAGAUAUUCAACAUCAUAUUGACUUGAUUCCAGGUUCUAGCUUACCAAACAUUCCCAACUAUCGUAUGAGCCCGAAGAAGAAUGAGAUUUUAAGGGAACAGAUUGAGGAUUUGCUGAAGAAAGGGUUUAUUCGUGAGAUCAUGAGCCCAUGCGUAGUGCCAGUCCUUCUUGUUCCUAAGAAAGGUAACCAAUGGCGAAUGUGUGUUGAUAGUAGAGAUAUUAACAAGAUAACCAUCAAGUAUCGAUUUCUUAUCCCUCGACUAGAAGACAUGCUUGAUGAAUUGGCGGGUUCUAAGAUAUUUUCAAAGAUAGAUCUUCGUAGUGGAUAUCAUCAAAUUCGAAACAGGCCUGAUGAUGAAUGGAAGACAGCUUUUAAGAGCAAAGAUGGAA